GGUCGGGAAGGCAACGUCACUCCUCGGACCACCGACUCAACGUAGCGCAGCGGAACGAUAGCGGAGCGGCGUUGUCCGAGGCAGGUACCGUACCUGUUUCUUUUUUUCUUUGCGGAUUAAAGACGCAACGCCGGAAAAGCUGAUAUUUGGUUUCCAGGAGAACAGGGGAAAGUAGGUCGUCAAAGAUAAGAACAGGGUGGACGCUAGGGCCUGGCAGAACUAGGCCCGUCAUUCUCCGCGGGCUGUAGUGAGAGGAACAGCCGGGUUAGCGUCUUUUAUUCGCGGCGAGCCCGGUUGCCAGUACUGGUCAGGUGCCUUAACGGACACCGCGGUUGGAGAGGUGCUGAAGCGAUUACAGCAGAAAGAUGGCGGACGACCCCAGCGCGGCAGACAGGAACGUGGAGAUAUGGAAAAUCAAGAAGCUGAUCAAAAGUUUGGAAGCUGCCCGUGGUAAUGGCACCAGUAUGAUCUCACUGAUCAUCCCUCCCAAGGACCAGAUAUCUAGAGUGGCCAAGAUGCUGGCUGAUGAGUUUGGUACAGCUUCCAACAUUAAGAGCAGAGUCAACAGGCUAUCUGUACUCGGGGCCAUCACCUCUGUACAGCAAAGACUAAAACUCUACAACAAAGUGCCACCCAAUGGUUUGGUUGUGUACUGUGGCACCAUUGUGACAGACGAAGGCAAGGAGAAGAAAGUCAAUAUCGACUUUGAGCCUUUUAAGCCAAUUAACACAUCCCUUUAUCUCUGUGACAACAAGUUCCACACAGAGGCAUUGACAGCCCUGCUCUCCGAUGACAGUAAAUUUGGCUUUAUUGUGAUCGAUGGUAGUGGGGCACUGUUUGGCACACUGCAGGGCAACACCAGAGAGGUGAUGCACAAGUUCACUGUGGACUUACCCAAGAAGCACGGGAGAGGAGGGCAGUCUGCUCUACGUUUUGCUCGUCUCAGAAUGGAAAAGAGACACAACUAUGUGAGAAAGGUGGCGGAGACGGCGGUUCAGCUCUUCGUAUCCAACGACAAAGUUAAUGUGGCAGGAAUGGUCUUGGCUGGCUCCGCUGACUUCAAGACCGAGCUCAGCCAGUCGGACAUGUUCGACCCUAGGUUACAGGCCAAGGUUUUAAAGCUGGUGGACAUCUCCUAUGGAGGAGAGAAUGGUUUCAACCAGGCCAUUGAGCUCUCAGCAGAGGUUCUCUCUAAUGUCAAGUUCAUCCAGGAGAAGAAGCUCAUAGGACGGUACUUCGAUGAGAUCAGCCAGGACACGGGGAAGUACUGUUUUGGUGUGGAGGACACACUCAAAGCGCUGGAGAUGGGAGCAGUGGAGAUUCUCAUAGUCUAUGAAAACCUAGACACCAUGCGUUACAUUCUACGUGUACAUGGGGCAGAGAGCAACGGAUUAGAGAACGAUGAGAAGACUUUGUACUUGACACCAGAGCAGGAGAAAGACAAGUCUCACUUCACAGACAAGGAGACGGGACAAGAACAUGAGCUACUCGAGAGCAUGCCUCUGCUGGAGUGGUUUGCUAACAACUACAAGAAAUUUGGAGCCACGCUGGAGAUAGUCACUGACAAGAGCCAGGAAGGGUCCCAGUUCGUCAAGGGUUUUGGAGGCAUUGGAGGUAUCUUGCGGUACAGGGUGGAUUUCCAGGGCAUGGAGUACCAAGGAGCGGACGAUGAGUUCUUUGAUUUGGAUGACUACUAGGUAGUCGGGGACUGAUAUUCGGAGAAAAAAAGCAAAGCAAAGGAAUUAAUGAAGAAAUGUGGGAAGAAAAAUGCCACCUCUCUUGCAGCAAGUGAGGGCUGCAACUGUGUUGACCAUAUAUGACAAGACACACCUUCCAAUUUACCUGUUGCAUACACAAACUUGCGCAUAAAUUUCAUCUGUACACACAACAAAAUGCAUCACACAGGCUGAAGAGGAGUGAGAUUUUCUUUCAUCCAGAGAGGGGGAAAAAGCCCUUCCUGAAUAAAUCCCUGCCUUAGAGUGCUGGUUCCUUCCCCAAAUUGGAUUGGACUCGACUCAAUUUGUUCAUUUUUUUUCUCCUCCCCUCCAUUUUGAAUGAACACAACAGCAAGUUCCCAGAUUCCUCGCUGCCCCUAACCUGGUCUGAAUAUGAACUUUGGACUCUUCUCAUAUAUAGAAAAUAUAUUUUCCUUUCUUGCCUCAUGUCCCUACCCUCUCUCUCUCUCUUCUCCCUUCAAUGCUUUCUCUUUUUUUCUUUUCUUUUUUUCCUUUUUUGCAUUUCAUUUUUUUUACUGGUAACUGCUGCUGUUGUAUUUUAUGAGAGUGGGGGAUUUUUUUUACCUGGGUUUCUGUAGAGAAAGGGGGACAAAGUAUUAAAUUUGAACUGCUGAAAACCA